CUGACCGGUCGUGUGUUGUUCUCUGCGGGGCAGCUGGUGAAUCCGGGGGGUUUGGGUGGAGGGCUAGAACGCAGAAGACUCCUCAAACUACGCACGUCGUUUUGUGCGCGAGCUCAGAUUAGCCCGUUUUGCUAACAACAAAACACGUCGUUCUUGUUUUUUCCUUCUUCUCCAGCUGUUUCUCUCAGAGUUAUUAUCUGCUUUUAGCUGACUAGUUGAUUUGUGUUAAAUAUUACUCUAUAUAUAUUCAUAGCUCAAAAAACACGUCAUUUUUUUAUUUUUUAAUCCAUUUAAAGUGCUUUUUAAGAAACAUCUAGCCUAGGUUGUGUCUCAUUUACCUCCUUACUGCCUUCUCUAGUGCACUAGUUAGGGUGGAAAAUUCCAGAGUCCUAAUUCGAUGUUUUUAUUUUUUUUUUCCUACAUUGUAAAUUAAUCCUGAAGUCAUCCCGACUAUGCAGCAACACCUAAGGAAUCACUGAGUAAACUUUAAAAUGUUAAUCAAACCAAAAUAUAUGUUUUUUUUUUAAAGAAUCUUCAAAGUAGGCACCUUUUGCUUUGAUCUUGACAUUCUCUCAAUCAGCUUCAUGAGAUCUCAUCUCAUUAUCUCUAGCCGCUUUAUCCUGUUCUACAAGGUCGCAGGCGAGCUGGAGCCUAUCCCAGCUGACUACGGGUGAAAGGCGGGGUACACACUGGACAAGUCGCCAGGUCAUCACAGGGCUGACACAUAGACACAGACAACCAUUCACACUCACAUUCACACCUACGGUCAAUUUAAGGCCAAUUUAUGCUGACAACGCAGUCCUCGCAGAUGGCGUCUACUAUGCGUAGCCCCCCCCCCCUUCGCAGACGCUCUGCGCGCACCUCCCAAAAAUUGUGACCACCGCAGAAGCCUCGCAGACAGCAUCGCAGACAAGAGGGCUCUGAUUGGUCCACUCUACAUCUGCUGUACACGCACUUCCGCUUCCCUACUUUCCCAGUUUGGUUUGUUUUCACGACCGGCAUUUUUAAAAACACGAGCGAAGAUGGAGCAGCAUGAAGAGCGGUUGAUCGAGGAAGAAUAGGAUGAUGAAGAACUGGGGUGUGAUUGGAGGCAUCGCUGCUGCUAUGGCGGUGGGCGUGUACGUGCUGUGGGGUCCCAGCACGGACAGGAAGAAGAGGAGGAGAGGCAUGGUCCCGGGGUUGUUGAACCUGGGAAACACAUGCUUCCUGAAUGCACUGUUGCAGGGUCUGGCCACAUGUCCUUCUCUCAUCAGCUGGCUCCAGGACUUCGCCACACUCUGCAGCUCCCAUCCCUCCGACACGGACACGGGCACGCAGAUAGACACACGGAUUUCCAAAACACUGUUGGAGCUGCUUACAACUCUGUCCAGUCCUGAUCCAGGAGAGGAUGAUGUUUUGGACGCAGGAUGUCUGUUAGAAGCCCUUCGUCUCUACAGAUGGCACAUCAGCUCGUUUGAGGAACAGGACGCUCACGAGCUUUUCCACGUCCUCACGUCGUCUCUGGAGGAAGAGCGGCAGCCCAGAGUCACUCACCUGUUUGACGUGGAGACGCUGGAGAAAUCAGCAGAGACGAGUGAAAACUCCAUUAGCUGUUUGAGUCGAGGACCCCUGCAGCCCAUUCCCAACCUGUGGAGAACCCAGCACCCGUUCCACGGACGCCUGACCAGCUACAUGGCCUGCAAACACUGCGAGCGCCAGAGUCCAGUGCGUUACGAUUCGUUCGACAGCCUCUCGCUGUCCAUUCCUGUCGUUCAGUGGGGUCGGCUAGUUACUCUGGAUCAGUGUCUUCAGCAUUUCAUCUCCUCCGAAACGAUUAAAGAGGUGGAGUGUGAGAACUGCACCAAGAAACAAGCCGAGACUGAGGACGGUCAGGUCCUGGAGAGCCAGAGGACGACAUUCGUAAAGCAGCUUAAACUCGGAAAGCUCCCCCAGUGUUUGUGUAUUCACCUGCAGAGACUCACCUGGUCUCCCGAGGGCGCUCCCAUUAAGAGACACGAGCACGUUCAGUUCUCCGAGUACCUCAGCAUGGACCAGUACAAGCACAGCAGCACUACACAGAGACUACAGAAGCCCAGCAGGGCCAAAAAAGCCACAUCGGAAGAACCACACGAUCAAAAUGUCGCCAACGGAGUCGAGCACCAUAACAACAACAAGAAGCCGCUGUCAAACGGCAGCAUCUCAUCAGUGCUUCUCCAUCCGGCAGCGUUCAGCCCUCAGCUCGACCUCGCACACGACUUCAGCUCAUCGGAGUACCUGUUCCGGCUGACGGCGGUGCUCGUGCACCAUGGCGACACGCACUCCGGUCACUUCGUCACGUACCGGCGUGGCCCGGCGUCCUUCAGCCCGCAGUGGCUGUGGGUUUCGGACGAGUCCGUGCGCAAGGCCAGUCUACAGGAAGUCCUCUCGUGCAGCGCGUACCUGCUGUUCUACGAGCGAGUGCACAAGUGAACCGGGACACAACAUCUGGGCUGCAGGUCUACAGAGAACCGAGUUAGUAUUAGAGCAAGCGCGUAGCUGAUCUACACACACUCUCUAAACGUCCUCCGAGCGUGUGGGCCGGACGAAGCCGAGUUUACAGAAAGCUUCAGAAGAAGCGGGUUCUCAAAGCGGACACCGUGAGCUUCAUGGUGAAGGGUUCUUUCUGCCAAGCGAAACACUUUGUGCACCUGCUCGGUCAUGCAGUCAGCCUGUCCUGCACAUACACGUCAAGAUCCUCAGUUAAUGAUCACAACAAACGCGAGUUCAGUCGUACCGACGUGCUCGCUUGUAGCGAGACGAGCUGAAACAGAAAAGCAUCUCGUUACGCAACACGCCGGUCUUCAGCCGUCCAGUUUCCGUGUCCACUCUCGCCUCGGAUUCGCGGUCGUGGCUGUUGCACUUCAUCUACCUUGAGGUUCGCUGUGUUCCGAGAUGCUUUUCUGCUCAGCACGGUUGUAAAGACUGAUCGAUUAUUCGAGUUGCAUUUCGGCUCAAACCGGUCUAGCCGUUCUCCUCAGCAGCAAGAUGUUUCCACCUGCAUGUUGCACCGUUCUCUGUCUGUAAACUCUAGAGACUGUUAUGAGUGAAAAUCACAGGUUCUGAAAUUCAAACCAGCAACAAUACCAGAGUCACUGAGAUCGCUCCCCGUUCUGUUUGAUCUCAUCUCAUUAUCUCUAGCCGCUUUAUCCUGUUCUACAGGGUCGCAGGCAAGCUAGAGCCUAUCCCAGCUGACUACGGGCGAAAGGCGGGGUACACCCUGGACAAGUCACCAGGUCAUCACAGGGCUGACACAUAGACACAGACAACCAUUCACACUCACAUUCACACCUACGCUCAAUUUAGAGUCACCAGUUAACCUAACC